AUGGCAGAUAACAACUCAUUAAUUUGUGUUUUUUUGCAGCGACCAUUAACUGACCGGGUCAUCACUGUGCAGAUCCUGGUGAUAAUCUUUUUUUGCAUCAACAUGUUGCUCAUUGUGACCUUUUUAAAAAAGGAAUGCUUUCACGCAUCAACACGAUACAUCUUAUUUUUUGUUAUAUUAUUGUCAGACAGCUUUUUGUUACUCAUGUCUGAUAUCCUGCUUAUCUUAACCAAUUUCAAAUGUUCAUUGCAAGUUUGGUUGUGUUUAAUUAUCUCUCUUUUUGUGUUUCUGUAUUCUAUUGUCACACCAGUUACUCUGACAGCAAUGACUCUGGAGCGCUAUGUGGCCAUUUGUAUGCCUCUGCGUCAUGGACAGCUGUGCUGCAUACGCAGUACUAUGUACUGUAUCCUGAUCAUUCAUGGCCUCAGUUCUGGGCCCUGCAUUGUUAUUCUCUCCAUGUUCUUUGCUUCUGCAUCACUUAGCUUCUACAAACAAUACACAAUUUGCUCUGUGGAGUUGUUUAUUCUUUACAGAUGGCAGGAUCAUGUUCGGUCAGCUGUACAUCAGUUUUAUUUCUUGAUUAUGAGCAUCACUAUUGUUUUCUCCUAUGUAAAAAUAAUGAAAGUGGCCAAAGCUGCAUCAGGAGAAAAUAAGAAGUCAACAAAAAAAGGACUCAGAACAGUGGUUCUUCAUGCUUUCCAGCUGCUCCUGUGUCUCUUGCAGCUGUGGACCCCAUUCAUACAAACUGCUGUCCUUCCGACUGAUUUCGAUUUAUAUCGAAAUGUCAGAUACUUUAACUAUAUAUUAUUUAAUAUUGCUCCCAGGUGUCUGAGUCCUCUCAUCUACGGUCUCAGGGAUGAAGCAUUUUUUCUUGCACUGAAAAAUCUCAUGCCUGCUUUAUCCUGUUCAGAAAAAAGAAAAUGUAAUUCGAUGCAUAAUGCACACACAUGA